AUGAAUUUGGAGGAGUACCGCAGACAUGGAAAGGAAAUGGUAGAUUACAUCGCCGAUUACCUGGAAAAUAUCCGUUAUCGACGCGUUUAUCCAGCAGUUUCGCCGGGAUAUUUGAGAAAUGUCCUGCCGGCGUCGGCUCCAGUAGACGGCGAGUCUUGGGAAGACAUAUUCGCCGAUGUUGAAAAAUGCAUCAUGCCGGGCGUAACGCAUUGGCAGAGUCCGCACAUGCAUGCCUACUUUCCGGCUCUGAAUUCACCUGCCAGUUUGUUGGGCGACAUGCUGGCCGAUGCAAUAAACUGUCUGGGUUUCACGUGGGCUUCCAGUCCGGCGUGUACCGAGUUAGAAACAAUCGUCAUGAAUUGGUUAGGCAAAAUGAUUGGAUUGCCUGAAGAUUUCCUGCAUCGACCCGGCGGUUCUGGUGGCGGCGUCAUUCAAACGACGGCGUCAGAAGCGACGCUAGUGUGCUUACUUGCAGCCAGAACCAGAGCUAUCAGGGACGUGCAGGAGAACGAGCCAGAUCUUUUGGCGACGGAGAUCAACUCGCGACUAGUUGCAUACUGCUCAGAUCAGGCACAUUCGAGCGUGGAAAAAGCUGGACUUAUAGGACUGGUUCAAAUGCGAUAUAUCGAAUCCGAUAGUGAGUUCAGCAUGAGAGGGGAUGCUUUACUUGAAGCGUUAACGCGUGAUCGAGCUGAGGGAUUGCUUCCUUUUUUCGUAUGCGCAACUUUAGGCACAACUGGUGCAUGCUCUUUCGAUAAUCUGAAAGAAAUCGGACCAAUAUGUCAACAAAACGGCUUAUGGUUACAUGUCGAUGCUGCCUACGCGGGUAGCGCUUUUGUGUGUCCUGAAUUUCGCGGUUGGCUUCAAGGUGUGGAACUUACCGAUUCCAUUGCCUUCAAUCCAAGCAAGUGGCUCAUGGUCCAUUUCGAUUGCACAGCCAUGUGGGUAAAGAAUAGUCAGGCGCUGCACAGAACUUUUAAUGUGGAUCCGUUGUAUUUGAAACAUGAAAAUUCAGGUCUUGCUAUUGAUUAUAUGCAUUGGCAGAUUCCUCUAUCUAAGAGAUUUAGGGCUCUGAAACUGUGGUUCGUUAUCAGAAAUUACGGAAUUACGGGCCUGCAAAAACAUAUACGAGAGGGUGUGAGGUUAGCACAAAAAUUUGAAGCUCUAGUCUUCGCCGAUGCCCGUUUCGAAAUUCCUGCUCCAAGACAUCUUGGCUUGGUGGUCUUCCGUCUUCGUGGCGAAAACACUUUGACUGAACGUUUACUAAAGAAGCUUAAUUCGCGAGGUCGAUUACAUUGCGUACCAGCCGCCUUGCAUGGGAAAUACGUUAUCAGGUUUACAGUUACUUCGACAAACACGACAAAUCAAGACAUUGUAAGAGAUUGGGCAGAAAUACGAAAUACCGCGAAUGAGAUUUUGGGUGAUACUUCUGAAUCACCUGUACGAGCCAGAGUUCCUCUCGCAGAUACGAGACAGAAGAAUGAAAAUUUCGGAUCGAGCUUAUUAUUGGCUAAUUCGCCGAUGUCACCGAAAAUCGUGAACGGUAGUUUUGCCGCCAUAUAUGACACGGCCGAUGUAUUUGAAGAAUGCAUGAAAACUUUUGGGAAGAUUAACCUCGAGGCGAGGGAUAGUCCAGCCAUGCGUCGUCGUAUUCGCGGGAUACUAAUGUCAGGCAAACAGUUUUCUUUGGAUUCUCGCAUGGAUCUCGUCCAGGGAUUCGUUUGCAGCCGUCCACUUUUGGCUUCUCCUUCCGAAUUACCAUUAAUGAAAGAAGAUGAAUACACCGGGGCAUACGAAUCAAUAUCCGACGUCGAUAAAAUGAGCGAAUCUGAUAAUGAUAAAUUACUUGUUCAUAACAACUUGGCGGAAUCUGAUAGUUCCAAAGCAUGCUAUAGGAAUUUGUCGAAGGCCGGUUCAAAUUACGCAGUGGUAAACGGUACACUAGUCAGUAUUGAUGCCGAAGACAAUGACAAUAACCCGGUGACCAUUGCUUCGGCCAACGUAGGCUUUCCCAGAAGUGAGACCAUAGCUGCUAUCGGUAGUCGACCUUAUACAGGUGAUCUAGAGCCCAUUCGAGUUUUGAGAGAAAAAUGGAUAAAAGAGAAAGGAAAUGAAGAAGAUCAAGACGGCAAUAAGGAGCUCUGUAAAAAAUGUGGUCACUACUCUACACGUCAGUAAUUAGUCCGGCAUUACGUAUUCUUCAUACGUUAAAAAGCAUACUCAUUUGCACUCGAAGCCACUUUUGCGUUUGCAAUUUAAUAAUUUAAAAUUAUUUUUGCAAUAUACAUGAUUCAAUUAUUUUGCAAUAUACAUGAUUCAAUUAUUUUUGCAAUAUACAUAUGAUCAGUCUGAUAUCAAGCGGAAUUAGUAAUGAAUAAGUUACAUUAAUUCGCUAAGUAAAAAUCUUAAAAGUAAUAGAAUAACUCGUGAUUAAUUAGAAGAUUGACUUCAAAAUUAUUGAAAGAUUUAAAAAAAUAUCUAUCUUAAAAAUAUUUACACAGUAAAUUUACAUAUUUUACAAUUUUUUGAAGGAUGGAAUAUUUCUGAAUGAGAAAGAAAAAUUAAAGAUUUGAAAUAAAUAAAUACAUACGCAUUAAUAAAUUCUGUUAAAGUUAUUAAUUAAUUAAUUAAUUAAAAUAUAUAAUUAAAAAUUUUAUUGUUUAUUAAAAUAACUAAAUCUAUAAAACUCUGUAGUGUUGUCUUUACAUGAAUGCAUUAAAAGAAUAACAUAUAAAAAAUAAGUUUAUUUUUAAUAUUGCUAUGGUUUCUGUUACUUGUUAGAAAAACUGUAGUGAUCAAGACGGCGUAGAGUGCAAUAUUUGUAAAAAACGUAUGAAAUCAAAUAAACGCAUAACAUAACAAAAUACUUAAUGGUAUAUUGAUUGUUACCCGCACUCUUUAACUCUUUUUCGUAAAAUCUUAAAAAUAUAUUAUAAGUAUAAAAAAAAUGUGAUACGCAUAUUUUAUCAUAGAAAUGCAUCUUUUAAAAAGUCCCUGCAAAAAUAUUUAUAAUUAACAUCAC